AUGUUGGCACCAAUUUUGGCUGUCCGUUGGCUGUUCCGGUGGUUGGAGUUUGAAGCUUGGCGAGAGCAAUUGUCGCGAGGAAAGUGCAUUAGAGGUGACGACGUUGCAGAUGAAGCGGCGCUCGGCGCCGCCCGGGUACGAGUGUGUGCACGCUUCAGGCCUUUGCUACCAGAGGAGAGUGGUCCAUGUGGGCGAAUCACCUGGGACGAGGAGGAUGCACCAAAGAAAGUGCAUACCAUUGGAGGACGAAGUGAUGCUGGGAAGACCUUUGAAUUCGACCGAGUCUUUCCUCCUCCGACUUCACAGCAAGAGGUCUUUGAAGAUGCGGGCUUAGCCAAUUUCUUGGAUGCCGUGUUGGAUGGCUACCACGCCACCGUCUUUGCCUAUGGGCAGACUGGAAGUGGAAAGACCCACACCAUGGAGGGGUUUGUCUACCAAGCCGCAGCACAAGGGAAGGUGCCACAGGUGAACCCCAGCCGAACGGCGCCCGAACGUCUGGGCAUCGUUCCGCGGUGUAUCGAAGGCCUGUUCGAGCGAAUGGAGCAGCAAAGUCUGCAGAGUGACAAAAGUUUCACCCUUCGCUUGUCUUUCCUUCAGAUCUACAAUGAGAAAAUCUUCGACCUGCUGAAUCCGGUGCACCUCACCAACCAUGGCGCCUCCAGCGGCGGAAACCAUGGCCUGCGUUUGCGCUGGAACAGCCGUGAAGCUGCCGUGUCGGUGGAGAAUUUGUUCGUCUUUGAAUGCAGGACACCCUCAGAGGCGUUGAAUUACUACAAGGCCGGUGUGAAAAACCGUACCGUGGCCAGUCACCAGAUGAACCAGGCCAGCAGCCGAUCUCACUCCGUCUUGAUGUUGACCAUCGAAAGGCGGAGUGAGGCGAGCAUCGACCGCACGUCCAAGUUGACCCUGGUGGACCUCGCUGGCUCCGAGCGGCAAUCCAUCACAGGUGCUACGGGGCGAACUCUGCAAGAGAGCGUGGGCAUCAACCAGUCCUUGUUCGUUUUAAGGAAAGUCAUCAUGUCCCUGGCGAAGCAAAGUCGUGGUGCUUCAAAACUCAUGGUGCCGUAUCGCGAGUCCAAGCUUACCAUCUUGCUACGUGAUGCAAUUGGUGGCUCAGGCUAUACCUUAAUGCUGGCCUGCAUCUCGGUCUUGGACUCCAACUGGGAGGAGAACCUCUCCACCUUGCAGUAUGCCUGUACGGCCGGAUCCAUUCGGAAUCGACCUGUGGUGAAUCUGGAUCCGACCACCCUGCUGAUUCGCCAGCUGCGCCGGGAAGUUCAGAGUCUGAAGAGUCAACUAUCUUUGGCUCAGAACUACGUUCUGAAAGUCACUGGAAAACCCAUUCCCCGAGAGGUCCUGCUGGGGGAUUUCACAAAGGUGCCGGACGACUUCGUCUUCGUCGCCGAAUCUCCCGCAGUCCCAAGGGGCGCGCCACCGGCGCCGGCCGCGCCGGCCCCCAGGCCACCCAUGACGCCGUUGAUGCCUCCUACGCCAUCUCCACCACAGAAAUCGGAGAGAGACAGGAGCGUGGAACGGCUGGAAUCUGCUGAGUCGCAAGAAGGAGAAAGCCUGGGAGUGGGUCCUCCCAGCGGUGAGGCUGCGCAACCUGAUCCCCUGGGGUAG